GAGGGAAGAGGAGCUGAGGAAUAUGGAGAAAGAAUCUCCAAAUAAGAAGUGGGGUGUAGGACAGGUCACAUGUUGAAUGUUUGUGGUGUGCCACAGUAGCGAGUAGGCUGAGGGAAUGCUUGAUGCAGCUGAGUUGCAGUAAGGGGCCGGGGAAUCGCAUCCUGGACUUGUAGGGUGAAGAUGCAUGUCUGCGUGUGGCUCCUCUGGGUGUCCUGGUUCUGCACCUGUGCAGAGUACUCCAAGAGGUGCGAGUGCCACGACAUCGCUCCAGCAGAGCCAGGACGGGACAAGAGGUCAAAGCCCCAGGUCAAGGAGCGUGUUCGUCACAGUGGGGGACACCAUCACACACCUCACAGGAACAAGCCACACCGCAGAAAAGGUUCCAGGGUUCGUGCAGAAGAGACUCCACCCCACAUUGUCCACCAUCCCUCUGACGUGGUGGUGAAAGUUGGCAAUCCUGCGACCCUCUCCUGCCGCGCUAACGGAAGCCCGACGCCAACGAUCGAGUGGCUGCACAACAGUCAGCCCCUAGAGACCGCAAAGAGAGAUGGCCAUUUGCAGCCGCUGGUCUUAUCAGACGGGAGCCUCUUCUUCCUGAGCGUGGGAGGGGGCAAGCGGGGGCAGUCGCAUGAGGGUGUCUAUGCCUGUGUGGCCAAGAACAGUGCAGGGAAGGCCACCAGCCGUAAUGCAUCACUGUUUAUCGCAGUGUUGCAGGAGGAGUUCAGUGUGCAGCCCAGUGAUGUGGAGGUGGCAGAGGGGGAGGUGGCUGUGUUAAACUGCAGCCCCCCAAUGGGACACCCGGAGCCUAAUGUUGUCUGGAAGAAGGACGGACUGCCCAUCAACAGCGCUGACCAUCACUACACUGAGCUGAGUGGAAAGCUGAUCAUCGCUCCUGCGGAGAAGAAUCACUCUGGGGCUUAUGUGUGUGUGGCCAGCAACACUGUGGGUGUGAGGGAGAGCAGGGCGGCUCGGCUCUCUGUGCUGGCCAAACCUGUACUGCUGCUGAAGCCACAAAACAUGUCAGUAAGAAUGGGAGAGUCUGCCCAGUUUUACUGCCAAGCUAAAGGUGACCCUCCACCUGCUGUGGUCUGGAGCAGAGAGCAGGGGCCGCUGCCCAACGGCAGGUAUAUUGUAAACCCAGACCAGACUCUCCAGAUCCAUUAUGUGACAGCCCUGGAUGCUGGGAAGUACACCUGCACUGCUGUCAAUGAUGUGGGUGUGGUCAGUGCCAGUGCACAGCUACUAGUUGAAGAGGCUGCCAGCACUGAGCAGAAAGACCUCCACAGAGAGCUGUCAGCCCUGCGUGUGGCUCUGGAGAACGUCACCAUCGUGGCUCCUGAUUCUAACAUCUCCUUGGUACAGUGGAAGCUCCAGUCCCUCCCACUGCAGCUACAUUACCUCGAUGGCUUUGAGGUUCUCUAUCGCUCCCUGCUGACUGCCAGCUCAGACUGGGCAACAAAGAAGGUGACGUUCCCCAGCUUCCAGGCUCAGGUGGGCCCCUUAAAGAGAGGAUACAAGUAUGAGUUCAAAGUUCGGCCUUAUGGCAGCGGCUUAUAUGGGAGAGAGAGCAACACCCAGCACCUCAGAGUUCCUGAGACAGUGCCCAGUGCCUCUCCUCUGGCUGUGUCAGUUACAGUCAACCAUGAGCAGAAUAACACCGUCCAUCUGAGCUGGGAGCCUCCUCCUCGUGGAACCCACAAUGGGAUCCUACAGGGAUACCAGGUGUGGUGUGUGGAGCCCGAGCAGCAGCAGUACCAAAACUGGACGGUGGAUAGUAGCCAACACAGCCUUCAUAUCGCUAGCCUCAAACGGGGGAAACAGUACUGGGUCACCAUAGCAGCAGUCAAUGGAGCUGGAGUAGGAAGACGGAGUGACCCUCACGGAUUUGUCAUCAACCCACAGUUAGACGGACUCCUCGAGUCAGACAGCCAAGUGCGGCAUUCGUCUCCCAUCCUGGCCUUCCUUCAGGACCCUGUGCUGAUCGGUAGCAUUGGCGCCAUCUUGUGGUGUGUUCUGAUGGUUGCAGCUGUUUGCCUCUUCAGACGCCACAGCAGGACCAGCCAGUUGAUAUCAAGACAUAGUGCGGCUAAAGGAUUGAGAAGACUAGCCAGUGAAGAUCUCAUUAUAAAGCACAGGAUGGCAGCUCCAGAUUCACCGUGGAUCUCUGGAGGCUGGAGACCUUCUUUCAACCAGAAGUACCAGGACUUAUGGGCCCAAGGCCAGAAUCACCCAGGCAUACGAGGCAGCAGCCUCCCGGUCUCAUCCAAGGAGGACAGAAGCUGCCUGGACUCAGCUGUCCCUCUUGUGACCGAUAGCUGUGGUGUGUACGGCACCUUUUAUAUGGACCUGAUGGGCAGCGGUCUUAAGACCUUCAACAGUCCGGGGUGUGUCCCUAAAAUGCCUCAUGGUUUGCCCCACCAAGAAGGAGCUGAGACUAUCCAGAUAUUUACUCAGCCUGCCUCCAAGUCCUUGCCCAUCACUAGCAGAGAGGCUCUGCCAUGGAAACAGGCCAUACGGCCCCAGCCCAAGAUGGGUGUGCUAAGGGAAUCAUGGGAAAAGAACCACAGCAAGCAAGAGCUGCAUGCAGUGAGCAGUGUCCCCAUACUCUCAUCCAGAAACCAGGCUUGUCCGUCCGGUGUCUACAAACAAAGACUCAGUCACAUACCAGCCGUCCAGCACGAUUUCUCUCCACCUGCCUCCCCCCUCAGCGCCUCGUACCCGGCUUUCCGUGCAGAAGACGACUCGUUCGGGGAGCUGGAGCCUGUUCCUCUGUGGGACUGGAGCAUGGCCUGGAUGGAGGAAAUGGAGGCCCAGUACAGAGUGCACUAUCCUAGGAGAAACACCAGACCCUUCAACACUUAG